CAUAAGUAGUGCUGAAAAUCGAGUGAGAAAAAGGUUGUACACACAUGUUAUUUUUAUUUCGUCCAGCGCUCUGUGGAAGGUGAUUAUAGGAGAGGAUCAGUCAGCAAAGAAAGAGAAGGCAGAAAGAAAAAUAAUCAACAAUUUCCGAGCAACAUCAGAAUCUUACAAAAUGGCUGAAGUGGCAGAGUUAGAGAAGUGUAAUCCGGUUAGUAGUCCUAUCUCUAGUGGUGAGGAUGAUGACGAAGCCCCUGAGUCUGUUUCCUUCAAUCAGGGUCGAGAAGAAGCCCUUCAAUCAAAAGCAAGGGCCCUCCAUGAGCUUCAGAGGGCAAACUUAAGAGCAAAAGAAAGACGACGUGAGCGGGAUCGACUUCUGAAAAAUCAGAAGCAGAGGAAGCGAGUCCCUCUGUUAAAUGCUCACCUUCCGGAAGAGUUACUCACAAAACUCACCGAGCAACAAGAAAUGACACCAACACCAAGGGAGGAGGAGGAGGAGGCCACGGAAGACGCCCAUGAAGACAAAGACGACCUCAGUGAUGACGAAGAUGGAGAUAUGGACGAUUCCGAGGAAGAAGAAGAAGAAGAAGUAAACAUUGAGGUGAUCCAGAGAUCAAAAAUUGUCCAGCACGAACCCCAUAAAGCAGCUCUGCAGUUCCUUCAGUCCCAGCUGUCAAGAAUACCACGAGAAUCUACGGCAUCACACAUGUCUAGGAAGAUGAAGAGAUUAGGAAAGCCUGCCAUGAUUUUCUGCAAAACGCAGUCUCAAGGUGUGAAAAAACAGAGACACAAAAAAAAGAGAGUUGCAUCUGACGCCACUUUGUGAAUUAAUCAACUGGGUGAAGAGCUCUAAUCGACACGAAGGAAACAAAGAACUGAAAGGAACUUUUCCCCGCUUAUUAUGAAUGUCUCAGAGGAAUUGCAGUGUUUUCCUUUAUUUGGGUUCGGACACCAAUUGGAAAACUAACAGGCAUUCUCUAUAUAGACUUGAUUUCAAGUCUUAGAUCAUGGUUACUUUUGUCUGCAUCAACUGCGCAUUAAAUCUGAUUUGUUUUUUUAGCUAUCACACCCAAACUCAUGGGUUUGGGUUAGAAAUUUCACAAGCCACAAGAGGGCGCUAUUACAGACUUGGAACCAAGCCUAGCCAUCCUCAUGAUUCUGUGCAAUACAUGUUGUGACUUAAGCCUUUUUGAGGUAUGGUGGACACAAUGCUGAACACUGUAAAAGUUGUGGUAAAUUUGUGCGUAUUGUUGA